UCCAGGCUGACGCUGUUGCCUAGAGCAGAGCGAGCUGGACGCGCCACCCGCGGGGCUGGCAGCUGCUUUCAUUUACUAGGAGACACUGUUUCCCCGCGGGAGAGUCCGGGAGCGCGCAGACACACACACGCUCACUGACACACACGCUCACGGACACACACAUACACACGCGCACACACGCGCUAGCGCGCUCGUUCUUCACAACUGCAUCCCCAAACCGGCAGAGAGAAGCUACUGCGAUUUCUCUUAACCUCCGCAUCGUCGGGCGAAGCAGGGCCAUUGUGCAUCAGGGAAAGCCCGGUGCCUGCGCUGCCGCCUUGGCUGGAAUGCUUGCCGACUCCUCUGCAAACUUCUAAGGCUGAGACCCUGAGGAACCCAGCUGGAGAAUGCCGUCUGAACGCUUCCUCAGUAUUCAAGAAAUGCUGACAGGCCAGAGGCUCUGCCACUCAGAAUCUCACACUGAUAGCGUCCUGGCAGCACUGAAUCAGCAGAGAAGUGACGGCAUCCUCUGCGAUGUCACCCUGAUUGCUGAGGAACAGAAAUUCCACGCUCACAAGGCAGUCCUAGCAGCCUGCAGUGACUAUUUCCGGGCCAUGUUCAGUCUUUGUAUGGUGGAAAGUGGUGCCGACGAGGUGAAUUUACACGGUGUGACCAGCCUCGGCUUAAAGCAAGCUCUGGAAUUUGCAUACACAGGACAGAUUUUGUUGGAGCCAGGCGUGAUCCAGGAUGUGUUAGCAGCUGGCAGUCACCUACAGCUGUUGGAGCUUCUCAAUUUAUGUUCCCACUAUCUCAUCCAGGAGGUCCUGAAGAGCGACCGCCUGACCUCCUUGAGUGAAGAGCAGAUCUGGCAGCUAGCUGUGAGGUGGCUGGAACACAGCUGCCAUUACCAGUACAUGGAUGAGCUCCUGCAGUACAUCCGCUUUGGCCUGAUGGACGUGGACACUCUCCAUACAGUUGCCCUGUCCCACCCCCUCGUCCAGGCAAGUGAAACCGCAACAGCUCUUGUCAACGAGGCCCUGGAAUACCACCAGAGCAUCUACGCACAGCCCGUGUGGCAGACUCGCAGGACCAAACCGCGCUUCCAGUCAGAUACUCUGUACAUCAUUGGUGGGAAGAAGCGUGAGGUCUGUAAAGUCAAGGAACUUCGGUACUUCAAUCCCGUGGAUCAGGAGAAUGCCCUCAUAGCUGCCAUUGCCAACUGGAGUGAGCUGGCUCCCAUGCCCGUGGGAAGGAGCCACCACUGUGUGGCGGUCAUGGGGGACUUCCUGUUUGUAGCAGGAGGGGAAGUUGAGCAUGCCAGCGGCCGGACGUGUGCCGUGAGGACUGCCUGUCGCUAUGACCCCCGCAGUAAUUCCUGGGCAGAGAUAGCACCCAUGAAAAACUGCCGGGAGCAUUUCGUUCUGGGAGCCAUGGAUGAGUACCUCUAUGCGGCUGGGGGCAGAAAUGAACUGCGCCAGGUUCUGCCGACCGUUGAGCGAUAUUGCCCCAAGAAGAACAAAUGGACUUUCGUCCAGCCCUUUGACCGGUCCCUCUCCUGUCACGCGGGCUAUGUGGCGGAUGGUCUUCUUUGGAUAUCAGGUGGAGUAACUAACACGGCACAAUAUCAGAACAGACUAAUGGUAUAUGAACCUAACCAGAAUAAGUGGAUAAGCCGCAGCCCCAUGCUGCAGAGGCGGGUCUACCAUUCAAUGGCUGCUGUUCAAAGGAAGCUCUAUGUUCUUGGAGGCAAUGAUCUGGACUACAAUAACGACCGGGUCCUCGUGCGGCAUAUAGAUGCCUACAACAUGGACGCUGACCAGUGGACGCGUUGUAAUUUUAACCUGUUGACGGGCCAAAAUGAAUCUGGAGUUGCUGUCCAUAAUGAGAGAAUAUAUUUAGUGGGUGGAUACUCGAUUUGGACGAACGAACCUUUGGCUUGCAUCCAGGUAUUGGAUGUGAGUAGAGAAGGCAAAGAAGAAGUAUUCUAUGGGCCUACACUUCCUUUUGCUUCCAAUGGAAUAGCAGCAUGCUUCCUCCCAGCUCCUUAUUUCACAUGCCCUAACCUUCAAACUCUUCAAGUGCCUCAUCACAGGAUUGGCACCAUCUGAAAAGCCAGUGCUCUCUUAACAACCAUCAUGAACACGAGGAAGAAAAAGGCCUGACUUUUGGAUACUGGGCAUGAAAAUACUCAGUGCUCAAUGCUUCCUUGUUUUGUUUUCUAGAUCUUCUAUUCAGAUAAACAUUAGCAAAAAAUGGACAGUUUUCUAAAAUACACAUUAUGGAAAACGCUUGUCAUGCUUCUCAGUGUGUGUCAGCAUACAGUACAAUAUGUAUGACUUUUAUGGUGGUGUAGCUUAGUGCUAACUUAAUGGUCCAUGGAUCUUUUAAGCAUUCUUUGUACACUUUGUCUAAUCAGUGCUGUCCAGGACAUUACCCUCUUAGUAAGGCAGUUUAUUUCACAAGUACUGCCAUCAGUGAUCUUAAAAAAAAAUUGUCAGCACUUAAUCUCUUUACUACUUAAGCCUGGGAUUGUAAUUUUUCUUUUAAAAAUUUAACAUUAUACAGCCCUGCUGUAUAAGUAGAGACUCCUCAUUAUGACAUCAUAAAUUUUUAAAUACCAUAUUUUAUUCAAGGUAAUACAAAUAAUAGAAGUACACUGGAACAGCAGAUGGAAUACCCAGAUUUUUCACCUUGGUUGCUCUGUUACCUUGGGCCAGGAGCUUAACUUUACAUUGCUUCAGUUUUCUCACUUUUUAAGGAGGGCAAUUAUUGAUUUCCAUAUUAAUUCAGAAGAAUGUUGUAAGGAUUAGGCAAAUGCUCUGAAGUACUUUGCCUAAGAAAAAAAAACGUCACUGAAAUUACAAGGUAUUUUACUGUUUUAGAACCUUGUAACUGAAAAAGAUUAUUUUUGAAGUUUAAAAAUUACUAGAUAGAACUUGGAACACAAGCUAUGAGAUAAAUGAUUCUGAUAAGCAUGUGAAAGAGACAUGCUAAUUAUGAAAAAGGGAGUUUACUAAAGCCAAAGAUUCCUAAACUUGUACAAACACUUGCCUCAAAUAAUAAGUCUCUCAAACAUUUCAUCUAAGCUCAUUUAGUGAAAAAUGACAUUUUAAAGCUCAGAAAAAAUUAGUUGUACUAAUUUCGGUACCAUAAAGUGCUCUGACAUAAAUUUGAACCUAGUAUCAGUAGUUCUAAUAAAAGUUUUUCCACUUUGUUAAAGGUUAUGUCAAUCUUGAGCGCUUGUGGGAUUCUUCUCUACCACCAAUACAUAUUUUAUUACUACCAUUUUUAAUAAUGCAUGAGAAUUUUUUUAGGCUAGGUUUUUGGAUUUGCUUUGUCUAUAACAAAAAUAAAAAUAGAACAACUCAAUAAUCGUAUUUGAACAUAAAUUCAACAAGUAUAACAUGAGUUUUUCCCCUUUCCUUAAUCUUGUUAGGAUAAAUCACCUUUAUUAAAGGGAAGAUUUUACUUUUUUUCCUUAAUCAUUCAGCAAUCCUUGUCUUAAUGGGAAAUUGUCAUUUUAUUCAUGUAACCACUUUUAGUAAUCAGAAGUGAAUAAAAAAAUAUUUUU